AUGAGGAAGAGUCCGGUGGCUGGCAGCCAACUUAGAUCAGUUGUGUGGUCAACACGGCGGCAGAAGGUCGGGGUCUCUAUUCUAGAUCGGAAUCAAAGCUCAGAUAUGCUUCGAUUACUCGUCGGCUUGGCUUGUUUGUGGCUACUGGUGGACAGUGGGUCCAGUACUGAGGUGAAAAACAAACCCGUCACGGAAGAUUGCCUGGACUGUCUAUGUGAAACAAUGAGUGGCUGCAAUGCAUCCGCAAUUUGUGUGAAUGGGGCAUGCGGCAUAUUCCGGAUUACUUGGGGCUACUGGGUGGAGGCGGGAAAACUGACUCUGCCCACGGAUACAGCGCUCUCCGACGACGCCUUCACCAACUGCGUGAAUCAGCCCCACUGUGCAGCCGACACGGUCCAGAACUACAUGUUUAAGCACGGACAGGACUGCAAUGGAGAUGACCACAUCGAUUGCCUGGACUUCGGAGCCCUCCACAAGCUGGGCAAUCUUAACUGCCGGGGAGAACUGCCCAAUAUCUUUGGCAAGGUCUUCAAUGGGUGCCUGAAGGCCAAGCAGCGAUUGGCAGAAAAGAAAAUUGUCCAAGCUAAGGAAACGCCGGGACUAACAUAAUUGAUUCUUUAUUGGGCUUAUUUGCUCCCCUUUUGCGGGAUAUCUUUUUCUGUUUUUAAAACAAUCCUGGUAACACAUAUACACAUACAUACAUCGAAACAUUGCUUAUGUUUGCCGCUUGAACAGUUUCCAAUAUAGGUAUGGAAUCUAUAGAUUUAGUUACAGAUAUAUAUAAUAUAUAUAGAGGGGUAUAUGAAAACUA